GAAAAAUAUAAGCAUUUGAACACUCCUAGCUUAUUACUUCACAAUCCAAUAUAAGCAUAUAUAUAUAUAUACACACCAGUGGUGGAGUUAACUUGCGUGUGUUAGAUCCAACCACAUACGCAGCCGCAGGGGUGAGAUUGGAGAUGGCAUUUCCUCAGCAUGGUUUUAUGUUCCAACAACUUCAUGAAGACAUUAGCCCUGAUCAGCUCCCUUCCUGUCUUCCUCCUCAUCCCUUCAAUGGAGGAGGAAACUACAUGAUGAACAGAUCUAUGUCGUUAACGAACGUGCGAGAUGAUCCUCAUCAAUCUGUUGAUGAGGAGAAUUUAUCAGACGAUGGGUCGCAUAUGAUGCUUGGAGAGAAGAAGAAGAGGCUGCAAUUAGAGCAAGUCAAGGUAUUAGAGAAGAGCUUCGAGCUUGGGAACAAGCUGGAUCCAGAGAGGAAGAUACAACUAGCUAAAGCACUGGGGAUGCAACCUAGGCAGAUAGCGAUCUGGUUUCAAAACAGGAGAGCUAGGUGGAAGACUAGACAGCUCGAAAGAGACUAUGAUUCACUCAAGAAGCAGUUUGAUUCUCUUAAGUCUGACAAUGAUUCUCUUCUUGCCCACAACAAGAAACUCCUUGCUGAGGUAAUGUCUUUAAGGAACAAAGAUUAUAAUGAAGCAAGCAUAAUAAAGAGGGAAGCAGAAGCUUCAUGGAGCAACAAUGGAAGCACAGAAAAUAGCUCAGACAUAAAUCUGGAGAUUCCUAGAGAGACCACCACAACACAUGUGAACACGAUCAAAAACCUUUUCCCUUCAUCGAUUCCGUCAUCUACACAUCAUCAAGAUCAUCAUCAUCAGAAUAAUGAAAUGGUUCAAGAAGAGAGCUUCUGUAACAUGUUUAAUGGCAUUGAUGAAACGACUUCGGCUGGUUACUGGGGAUGGUCUGACCCAAACCACAACCACCACCACCAAUUCAAUUGAUUCAUGAUCCUAUAUAUAGCUCGAGGGGAUCACCACCAUGGCAUUAUCAUCAUCAUCGUCAUCACCACGAGAAGAAACAAUUCGUCCCUUGUUUGAAUAUGACUAUUUGGAAGCAUUGUUAAUCUUUUAUUUAAGUUGGCUUUUACUUUGUUUGUUUUGGGUUUGUAGAUCAUUGGUGUAUAGUGGAACAUUUGUUGUUGUUAUAAUUUAAUAAAUGAAGUUAAUUUUUAUUUUUU